AUGACUUUACUAGCGUUUGCCGUCCUGCUCGCCUUCAUCCCAGCUGAAUCCGCAAGCAGCAGAUACCUCCCCAAGGCAGCAAGUAACCCCGUGUUUGGACCGCGGCAGGUGUAUGGUCUGCUCAACGGCUCGGUGACCGUGAAGUGCUUCUAUCCUCCCACCAGAGUGAACCGGCAUGACAGAAAGUAUUGGUGCAAGCAAUCAUCUACGGGCUGCACGACCAUCGUCUCCACCAACGGCUAAAGCGCUAAAGGCUACAAAGGCAGAGCCUCCAUCACCGACUACCCGCAGGCAGAAUACUUCCAGAUCGACAUCUCUGAGCUCACGGAGGCAGACGCAGGCACCUACCAGUGUGGCGUUGGAGUCAAUGGCAGAGGGCUCUCCCACAGAGUCAGUCUGGAUGUUUCCGAAGGUCCACAUCUGCCCGAGGCAGCUGAGCUCUUCUACACGGAGCUGCACGGCACUUUGACCAUGUCCUGCAGCUUUGGGGAGGAAUCUGUGAGCAUGAGGAAAUUCUUGUGCAAGAUGGAGAAGAAUGGCUGCCAUAACAUCGUCGAUAGCCACGGGAACGUCAACAACGAUUACGCAGGGCGCGUUCUGCUGACCAAUGAGGCGCCCCCAGGCACAUUCAGCAUUGUGAUAACUCAGAUGGGCUGGGAAGACUCUGGCUUGUACCUGUGCGGGGUUGGCACCUAUGGGGAGAACGGAGAAACGAAGGAACUGGACGUGCAUGUCUAUGAGAAGACGAAUGUUCCUCAAGAAAAGGUCACAACGAUCGGAGUAAAAGGAAGUUCAGUAACUUUCAGAUGCCGCUAUGAGCCUCUAAGAAGGUCCUCGCUGAAAUACUGGUGCAAGUGGAGGAACACAGGGUGUGCUCGGAUCAUAGACAGCCUCGGGUUCGUGUCUCCCUUGUAUGAAGGAAGAGUGGCCAUAUAUGACAACCCAGCUAACAAGACGUUCACCGUCAUCCUCAACCAGCUGAAGGACAGUGACCAAGGCUAUUACUGGUGCAUGACAGACGAGGAAAAGGAGCAGCAAUCAUCAACCGAGCUCAAGAUCAUAGACGGAGAGCCUGGACUGACAGGAAAGACAGAAGUGGAGGCGCAAGUGGGAUCACGGGUGGAUUUAACUUGCUCUUACCCGUGCAAGUAUUACUCCUACCAGAAGUACUGGUGCAGCUGGACCAACACCGGCUGCACCCCCAUGCCUGCCUCCGACCAAAGGCAGUCGGGGCCAGAUGUUUCGUGUGACACUGACAACAAGACAGUCAUCCUGACCUUCGACUCGGUGGCCAAGUCAGACCAAGGGUGGUACUGGUGCGGAGUGAAGCACAACGGCCUCUUCGGGGAAACCAUGGCGGUGUACCUGGAGGUGACUGGAGGGAGCGGUGCCGACCGCAGCCUCAACCUCCUCAACGUUGAUACCCCCAGCCACAUCGAGCCCCCCAGCGACGCUGAGCCCCCCAGCCACGCCGAGCCCGGCUUGAUUCCCCGAGGAGGGGACCAGAGCGACACUGGGGUGCGAAGCGCAGCUGCCUCAGAAAGCUCUGAUCAAAGCCACGGCCCCAGUAAAAUUACUUUAAUCAUGGCCCCCGUGGCUGCUGUGUUCCUGGUCCUAGUGACAGCUUUCGCUGUCUUUAAAUACAGACAGCUGAAGAGAUCUGACCUGGUGUCCGUCGGGAGCUACAGGACGAACAUCAGCAUGUCAGACUUCGAAAGCGGGAAGGAGUACAGCGCGAGCAACAACGCCUGCAUGAAAGAGAGCCAGGAGACUCAGAUAGGAGGGGAUGAGUUCAUCACCACCACGGCCGCCCCAGACAACACUGCUGAGACAAAGAAGGCAAAAAGGAACUCCAAGGAGGAUGCUGACCUCGCCUACUCCACCUACCUGCUCACCUCCAGCAGCAUCGCGCAGAACGGGGCCGGGGGAGCCAGCGCAGCCCCGGCCGUGCCCCCCCAGACCUGGGAUGGCAAGAUCUGA